AUGUUUCUCACCAAGCACUGCUUCUCAGCAGUAUCAAUAUCAUUGACCCUUCUUUUCCUCCUCCCAUCUCUAAUCACUGCAGAAAACUGUAGCUCACUCCCCCUCGCAAUUCCAAUAACAAAUGUCACUCUCAGCUCCACCGGCUAUACCAGGCGUGGGAUCGCCGCAUCACUAGGCACGCCCGCCCAAGACUUCUCAGUGCGCACCUCUACCAGUCUUAACAGCACCGUCUUCACCACAUCUACAAAUUGCGUCGACAGCUCCACCAGCACCGAGAACCGCUGCAUCAUGGUCAAGGGUGGUGUCUACGACCGUGACAACUCAAAUACUUGGUCUGGGCCCAUGACGAAGCAGGAGUUUCUCAAAGUGGCCGCUGCAGCCACUCUUAAGGGCGUCGAUAUUACACUGGGCGAGGACACGUUCGAAAUUGACGGCGUGACGCUGACAAGCUUGCCGAUUGGUGUGGAGGGUGGUACGGAUAUAUAUAGGCACGAGCACUCUUGGGCUCGCCGUGAACUCGAGUCUAGUAGAUGCGAUGGUGGACGCGGGCGAUAUCCCGUCAAGGAUGUGGGGAAUGGAUUAUGGCUGGAUGGGUGGGCGCAACGUCGGAUACGUGGGCAGAUGGAGAGCUGGUGUUGGGAGGGUAUGAUAAGGCUAGGGUAA